AUGGCAUUGGGGAUUCAUGAGACAGUAUUCAAGUUCAAACGUGAGACAUUACCUAUCCGAAUGGCAUCUAAACAUGUACGGAGCUUCAGUUACCCUAUUUCCCCUGGUAAUCAUAUAGAUGUUUUAUGGUCUUUGUCUGUAUUACUUGAAGGAUCUGAUUAUGUGGACGUGGGCUUAUACUCUAUAUUUUUAUUGUUGUUGUUAUUGUCAGGCUUUUAUAGGAGAGUUCUUCCAUCUCCUCCUGCAAUCGAGUUUGGUUCAUCUGAAGGGAAGAAACUCUUUGCUGAAGCUUAUGAGGCAGGACACAUGGAAGGAUACUUCAAGUUGAGUCCUUGCUAUCAAACACAAUCCGAGCCUGCAUAUUGUGGACUUGCCAGCCUAUCGAUGGUCUUGAAUGCCCUUGGAAUUGAUCCUGGAAGAAAAUGGAAAGGUCCUUGGAGAUGGUUCGAUGAACAUAUGUUAGAUUGCUGUGAAUCUUUGGAAAAGAUUAAAUCGGAGGGCAUUUCUUUUGGAAAACUUGCAUGUUUGGCCUAUUACAAUGGAGCUAAAGUUGGUGCUUUUAGGACUAACCAAAGCACUAUAACUGAUUUCCAUAAAUAUGUCAUGACAUGUACUUCUUCUGAAGAUUGUCAUGUCAUUACAUCAUUUUAUAGACCACAUCUCAAGCUGGUAAUAACCUAUGCUCAUCUUUGCAAAUCAAUUAAUUGUAUAUUCUGUUUAGUUCUCAACAUUUCACUUGAGGAUAAUCUCUGGAUAGGCAGGCAGAUACUUUUCUCCAAGUAUCCCGGAUGGACAAUUAUAGAUAAUAUAUGA